CACACACCGUGAACACACACCCCAGAGCAGUGGGCAGCCACAUACAGAAUGAUGCAGGAUUUCCUCUUAUUUUCUCACAAACUCCUCUAUGUCUUGGUAUUGUCUAAUGGUUUGCGGGCAUCUGUCUUUGCCAGGUGUUGGUAAUAACAGCGAUGGGAUAUUAGUUCUCGGUGCUACUAACAUUCCUUGGGUCCUUGAUGCUGCUAUUCGCAGGAGGUUUGAGAAGCGCAUCUACAUCCCGCUCCCCGAGGAGCCGGCGAGAGCGGCCAUGUUCCGCUUACAUCUGGGUAACACACCUCACAAUCUGACCGAGGCAGACCUGCGUCAACUUGCCCGCAAAACAGAUGGAUACUCUGGAGCUGAUAUCAGCAUCAUAGUACGAGACGCUCUCAUGCAGCCUGUCAGGAAAGUGCAGUCCGCUACGCACUUCAAAAAGGUGCGAGGCCCGUCUCGCAGUAACAGCUCCGUCAUGGUGGAUGACCUCCUGAUGCCGUGUUCCCCCGGUGACCCUGAUGCCAUAGAGAUGACCUGGAUGGAUGUACCUGGUGACAAACUGCUUGAGCCCAUAGUGUGCAUGGUGAGAUCCUGA